CGAGACCGACUUUUUUCUGGGUCGCCAAAACUCUAUGAAAAUCGUGAAAAAUUGCCAAACGGUUUGAGAGGAUAUUAUGUACAUAGACUUCUUGUAAAUGCUGUUGCAAUGUGGGCUUCGCCUCGUUAUGCUUGGAAUAUUUACAGACUUCUUGACGAAAUUCAUAGACAAGAACGUGAAGAGAUGGAAAACAAGCUUGAAGCAAAAGACAAAAGCAUUCAGAAAAGAAUACCACGUUCAGUACCAAAAGGAAAGGAAAAGAACUAUAAGUAUAUGAUUUAUACUGAAGAGAUGGAAAAUGAAGAAGAUAAAGAUAUGGUUAUGUUGCAUUUAGUCAGAAGAAACAACAAAAGCUUUUACGACCUUGCUAAGAUUUACAAAUCUGACAGAAAUUGGUUCUAUCGCGAAAACUUACCGAUUUCAAUGACACCGAAUGAAGAUGUGAAACAAAUAGUUCAAGAUACGUUACCUCAAACACACUAUGAUAUGAAAGGUUGUACAAUACUUACCUUCAAAGAAGACUUACCGCUACUGAAGGAAAAAAUAACAGAGUAUUUUGACAACUUCAAACAAGCAGAGUAA